AUGGACUUGUUUCAGAUUUUUGACAUGCUUUUUGCAUUUACUUUGGGGGUUUUGGUGAAGCCGGAUCCCUUAUUUCCGUUUACUGGAGCCUAUAUUAAUGGGUUCUUCAAGUAUCUGGGCGAACCUGGUGCCAUCCUUUCGGUAGGUUAGAAAAAAAGAGUCAUAGAUCUUACAAGAAAAUCACAAUCUACUUUAUCCAACCAUGCAUGUCCGAGGCACAUCAAAAAAAUUUUUUUGAAGUCAGCAUUUUUACUGUAAAGAAUAUAUUCUCAGGACAUUGCAAUUGCAAAUACUGCCGCCUAUGCCAUGUCCACGCAAUGCUACUGUAUUAUGUAUAGGUUCGCCGUUUUGCAAGCCAACCCAAAGUACUUGCAUGCCCUGCUUUCCUGGACCACUUGGAUUGUCGCAUACUUAAUUUCUUUCGCUAUCACAGGUGGAAGUUACUUCAUUUUCAAUAAAAUGCAACCCCCUCAAAAGGUAAUCAAACAACACUGUUUUCUUUUUUCCAUAUUUCAGCCACUUGUUCAUGCCGUAUUUUAGGAUAUUCCAGCUAAAAUAGUCCAGGCUUCUGCCAAUUUCCCUGGUAUUCCUCUGCCCGAAUUUGAAGGCCGACUUCUACUUUAUUUGGACUAUAAUUCUCUGUAUACGAAAUACGCCAUUGUCCUUGUUUUUAUCGGCUUUCUAGCCGCCGAAGCCAUCUCAAUUGGCUGCGUUUUCCUUAUUCUUCAGCAGCUUGAAGCCAAAAAAGCCAGCUUCUCCAAAGCAACGUACAAACUUCAUCGGCAACUGACGGUUGCGCUGGGAAUUCAGGUAAACUACAAUUUGUUUAAUAAAGACCACAAACCUCAAAUCAAGAGACCCAGCUCGAGCUUUACAGAAACGACCGGGAUUUUUGGUGUAUAUUUCUACCGUAGAGAAGGAUGUUUUCAUAAAAACUUAUUUUUCUCGGAUGAAGCUUGAAAGAUAUGGACAAAAAACUUUUUUCUCUGAACAGACUUUCUACCUUUUGCGUUCUCUCUCGGCCGCAAAGAUAUUUGAAUAUUUCGGCAGCGCUUGCAAAGCGCGAGCUAAAGCUUUCACGAAUUCAAAUAUGGCCUAUGCCUAACGCGUGUGCCAAAUUUAAAGACGUUAUGAGCGUCGCAUUUGGGACAGCUCUCGUUUUUGUGCAAAUCACUUUCAAAGUCGGUACUUUCAACCAGUUCCAUUUUCAGUUAUCAAUGCCAAUCCUCUUCAUCAUCACCCCUGUCACUUAUGGAAUUGUAAUGACUUUUAUCCAGGGUUAUAUCUAUAUCCCAACCAACGCUCUGGCUGGGCGUCUAGCCAUUAUGUAUAUUGAUCUUUAUGGUGCCUCCAAUUCAGUUGUUACUCUUUACUUUGUCAAGCCAUAUCGCAUGUUUAUCAUUCAAAAAUUCAAAUCGCUUACGAGCUUUGUCACCUGUCGGAGGUAUGGUAAUUCCACCGAAGUCAAAUCAGUCAUGGCGGCAGAGAACACACUGGUCUCGUCGUUCGCGUAA